UCUCUCCCGCCUCCGCCGGGUUCUAGGAAGAUGGCGAAGGUCACAGAGCGUUACGACGUGACUUGGGAAGGUUCACCAAGAGUGGAGAUCUUCAAUAAAUCUUCAAAUAAAACAUUCAAAUCUUCGAUCAGCUCCGUAAGGGCUGUUACCUCUCUCAGAAACGUUGGUGGGAGUCAUUCUUAAGAGAAUAAAAAUGCGAGAUAAAAUGAGAAAAUGGAGAGAAGAAAACUCAAGAAAUAGUGAACAAAUCAUGGAAGUUGGAGAAGAACUGAUUAAUGAUUAUGCUUCUAAGCUUGGGGAUGACAUUUGGAUCAUAUAUGAGCAGGUGAUGAUUGCAGCCCUAGACUAUGGUCGGGAUGACUUGGCAUUGUUUUGUCUCCAGGAGUUAAGAAGACAGUUCCCUGGUAGUCACAGAGUUAAGCGGUUAACGGGCAUGCGAUUUGAAGCUAUGGAAAGAUAUGAUGAUGCUAUACAACUAUAUGAUCGAAUUUUGCAAGAAGAUCCAACUAACACUGCUGCAAGAAAGCGUAAGAUUGCCAUUCGCAAAGCCCAGGGGAAGAAUGUGGAGGCCAUUCGAGAGCUGAAUGAGUAUCUGGAACAAUUUGUAGGAGACCAAGAAGCCUGGCAUGAACUCGCAGAACUUUAUAUCAAUGAACAUGAUUAUGCCAAGGCAGCCUUCUGCUUAGAGGAGCUAAUGAUGAGCAACCCGCACAACCACCUGUACUGUCAGCAGUAUGCGGAAGUCAAAUACACCCAAGGUGGACUUGAAAACCUUGAGCUUUCAAGAAAGUAUUUUGCACAGGCACUGAAACUCAACAAUCGAAACAUGAGAGCUCUGUUUGGGCUUUACAUGUCUGCAAGUCAUAUUGCUUCUAAUCCAAAAGCAAGUGCAAAAAUGAAAAAGGACAACAUCAAAUAUGCCAGUUGGGCUGCUAAUCAAAUAAACAGGGCUUAUCAGUUUGCAGGUCGAAGUAAGAAGGAAACCAAAUACUCUCUUAAGGCAGUUGAAGACAUGUUGGAAACAUUGCAGAUCACUCAGUCUUAAGGUUUCAGAGACUCUUUGACAUUAGAUUUCAAAACUGUACAGCUGAACUUCUUGGCCUGUGACUUAUUUACUAAAUGCCAAAUGCUGUUUGCAUUCAUUUUCUUUGAAGAGGUCAGUUAUAAAGAAUGUGUUCAAAUAAACCUCAACUGCCUUGUAUUGAUAAGCAGGGAGUUGGAGGGAGUCCAUGGAAGAGAGAUUCAAGACCUAUUGAUUGUGUAUCUGUCUUCUUGUUGCCCCCAUUUACCUUAUAAAUAAACCAUGAUUUAUUAAACUCA